AUGACUGUCGAUCAAAUCGUCAGCGACCCUAUCCUCGCCACCGUCCUGCAGAUGUCGGACCAGGCACGUGGCCAGGGGCGCGACCUCCUGCGGCUCGUCGCCCAGCAGUCCGCCGCGGCGUCUCCCGAGAGCCGCGUCGAGAUCUCCCGGCAGCAGAACCGCCUGCUCACGAGCCUCUCGCACCUGCGCGGCCUGCACCGCAAUGCCUGCUUCGCGGCGCGCGACACCAAGACGCGCACCGCCGAGCGCCGCCACGACGUCGACCGCCUCCACCUGCAGCUGCAGAACCUCUACUACGAGCAGCGCCAUCUCCAGGGCGAGAUUGUUGCUUGCGAAUCAUACGAUCACAAGUACCAGCAGCUGCCGCUGAUGCCGGUGGAAGAGUUUCUCGCGCAGAACCCGGACCGUGCCACGGAUGAUGAGAACGAGCUCAUGUAUGCGAGAAUCGAACACGAACGAGCGGAGCGUGAGGGCCUGGAGCAGCGCCGACAAGAGCUGCUCAAGAGGAAGCAGAAGCUGAUUGCCGAGAACACGCGCCGCAAGGAGGACCUGGCCAACCUAGAUCAGAAUUUGGAGAAGUUUAUUGAUGCUGCCAAACCGAUCUUGGAGCUCUUCGAAAAGGCCCCGUGA